AUGUCACCAUCACCACCCCUACCCUCCCACCCCCUACACACCCACCAUCACCACCCCUACACCCCCACCCCCUACACCCCCACCAUCACCACCCCCUACACACUCACCAUCCCCACCCCCUACACCCUCACCACCCCCUACACCCCCACCAUCACCACCCCCUACACCCCCACCAUCACCACCCCCUACACACCCACCAUCCCCACCACCUACACCCUCACCACCCCCUACACACCCACCAUCCCCACCCCCUACACCCUCACCACCCCCACCCUCACACCCCAACAUCACCACCUCCUACACCCCCACCCCCACCCCCACCCCUACCCUCCCACCCCCUACACCCCCAUCAUCACCACCCCCUACACCCCCACCAACACCACCCCUAAACCCCCACCCCUACCCUCCCACCCCCUACACUCCCACCAUCACCACCCCUACACCCCUACACCCCCAUCCCUACCCUCCCACCCCUACACACCCACCAUACCACCCCCUACACACCCACCAUCACCACCCCUACACACCCAACUUCAACACCCCCCUACACACCCACCAUCACCACCCCCACCACCACCCCUAAAUCCCCACCACCACCCCUACACCCCCACCAUCUCCCCCUCCUAA